CUGAACCAGCUCUCCGACCUUGCAGCCCCCGGCGUUGGCACCAAUCCCAAGGGCGACUACUUCACAUGCAAGGCUACGGUAUCCUUUAUGAAGAAGGAAAACUUUAUGUAUCAGGCCUGUCCCACCGAAGGUUGCAACAAGAAGGUUAUCGAUAUGGGCAAUGGUCUCUACAGGUGUGAGAAGUGUGCCCGUGAAACUCCCAGCUACAAAUGGAGGCUCCUUCUGUUGGCUAAAAUUGCUGACAUGAGCGGUGAGCAGUGGAUCACCUGUUUCCAGGAUACGGCAGAAGCCCUUCUUGGACGAAGUGCCGAUGAUCUGGGUGCAAUGAAGGAUGCUCAGGAUGAAAGCCAGUUAGAUGGCGUCUUCGUUGGGGCCUCUUUCAAAACGUGGAUUUUCCGACUUCGUGCCAAGAUCGACAAUUUCAACGACGAAUCAAGACUACGAGUUGUAGCGAUGGAGGCGAAACCAGUGGUGUAUGCCGACUACGCGAAACAGCUCCACAAACUGAUAGAUGCCCUCAUCCCCACCCUGCCUGCUGAGUUGACAUCUGACGAGCCCUAA